AUGGUGAGAUCAUUUCCACGUCUUCUCUCCUCGCAAUCCCUUAAAACCAGACUUUCACAAACACCCCAAGAAAAACUCCGAACGUUCUCCAUCACAGCACAUAUAGACCAUGGUAAAUCCACUUUAAGCGAUCGAUUUCUCCAAUUAACCAACGUAAUCCCAUCGUCCUCCACUGUAUCGCAGGUACUGGAUACACUUCAAGUGGAGAGAGAGCGUGGAAUCACUAUUAAGGCGCAAAGUUGUACCAUGUUCCAUAAUGGAUACGCUUUACAAUUGAUUGAUACGCCCGGUCAUGUAGAUUUUAAGGGUGAGGUAAUGAGUUCGAUGAGAGCUUGCCAGGGGGUUGUAUUGCUAGUGGAUGCAGUUAAGAAAGUGCAGGCGCAAACUGUGGCGAAUUUCCAAAUGGCGAAGGAGAUGGGACUUGUGGUGGUGCCCUGUGUUAAUAAGAUUGAUUUAGUGGCCCCUGAUGAGUUGCAGAAAUGUAGAGAGGAAAUGAUUCAGAAAUUUGCGUUUGCAGAGAAUGAGAUUGUCAAUGUGAGUAGUAAGACAGGAGUUGGAGUUCUUGAUGCUUUAAUUCCUGCCAUCAUUGAGAGAAUUCCACCACCUCAGGGGAAAUUAAGUGAUCCCCUAAGAGCAUUACUCAUUGAUUCAUGGUAUGAUUCGUAUUUGGGUGUGGUGAUGCUUGUUAAUGUGGUGGAUGGUUCAGUAAAGAUUAAUGAUAAACUUGUUAGUGCGGCAACGGGUAAGAAGAUUGAAAUUAAAGAUAUUGGUGUCAUGUAUCCCAAUAGAGUCAGUACUGGUUCAUUAAAGACGGGACAAGUUGGGUAUAUUGUAGCCAAUAUGAAGAAUUCUCAUGAUGCUUUAAUUGGUGACACGUUCAUGAAAGUAGGGAUGGAAUCCAAGACAGAGGCAUUACCAGGGUUUAUUAAACCACAGCCAAUGGUCUUUGUAGGCGCAUUUCCUGCAGAUGGUAUUGAAUUUAAAGCCAUGGAUGAUAAUAUUCAACGAUUAGUUCUUAAUGACAGAUCAGUAACGUUGCAAAGAGAAAGUUCUAAUGCAUUGGGACAAGGUUGGAGACUUGGAUUCUUGGGGUCUCUUCAUGCAUCUGUAUUUAAAGAGAGGUUAGAACAAGAAUAUAAUAAUUCACAAUUAAUUAUUACACAACCAACAGUUCCUUAUAAGAUUAAAUAUAAGGAUGGCAAAGAGGAAUUGAUUACCAAUCCAGAUGAUUUCCCUGAUUACAAUUCAUCGAAUAAGAAUCAUCGGUUGAAUAUUGAAAAUUUCCAAGAACCAUAUGUGGAAGCCACCAUGAAAUUACCUCAAGAAUAUUUGGGGCAAGUAAUUAAAUUAUGUGAUAAUAAUCGAGGUGAGCAAGUGGCCAUAAAUUAUGAAGAUCCGUCAAAGGAGGGGAAAGAUAUUAUUUUGGGUGAUUUGAAUCAGGUUACUGUUCUUUAUAAUUUACCGCUAUCACAUUUAGUGGAUGAUUUUUUUGGUAAAUUAAAAUCUGUUACUAAGGGGUAUGCGAGUUUAGAUUAUACUGAUAUUGGGUAUAGAAGUUCUGAUAUUGUAAAAUUGGAAUUAUGUGUUAAUGGUAAGAGUGUGGAUGCAUUAUCACAAAUCAUGCAUAGAUCUCAAGUGGAACGUAAAGGUCGUGAAUGGGUCAGUAGAUUUAAACAAUAUAUCAAGGCCCAAUUGUAUGAAGUUAUCAUUCAAGCUCGAAUGAAUAAUAAAGUUAUCGCAAGAGAGACUAUUAAGGCACAGAGGAAAGAUGUUCUUGCCAAGUUGCAUGCGUCAGACGUUUCAAGAAGGAAAAAAUUAUUGGUGAAGCAGAAGGAAGGUAAACAAAGAAUGAAGACUAUUGGUAAUAUUCAAAUAAAUCCGGAGGCAUAUAGAGCUUUCUUACGUAAAUAG